AUGUAUUUAAGAGGAGGAGGUUGUGGAAGUUCAACAACAGCAACAAAAGAUUCAUCAAAUGUGAGUGCACCAAAAUUGUUAAAAUAAAAGAUUCCACCAGAUUUGGUUAAUUAAAUAAAACUUCAUGCCCUUAAAAUUUCUUCUAAUGCUGUUACAGUAUUAGAUUAACAAUAAAAUUUAAUGAAUAGCUUUUAGUUUUUUUAAUUGAAUGCCAGAGCAAUUUGGUUAUUGGUCAAAAAUUAAAAAUACACAAGAUCAGUUAUUGAUUUAGUUUUUGAAAGUUUGGAAUAACUUUUUCCUGCUUUUAAAAGCUUUCUCUAAUCAAAUAUAUUAUUUGCACUUUAUACUUCAUAAAUUAUUACUUAAUUAACUUGGGUUAUGUUUACAUUUUAUUCAACAAAUAAAAACAGAUUUUUGGAGUUAUCAAAACAAUAGUAAUAUUUAAAUGAAUUGGAUCAAAUAAGCGAGAGAUUGGAAAUAGAGAGUGAUUCUUCACGUUAUUAAAAUCAUAUAGAAUAUGAAAUUUUUGUAAUUUAAGCGAUUAUUUUUAUUACUCCUACAAAUUCAACUGAAGGACAGGAUAUUCUUGUAAAAUUCUUAGGAGGAGCAUUUAAAGCUAUUGCUACAUUCUCAUUAAAUGAUGAUUUGAUAGACAGUCUAAAAAGUGGUGUUGCAUAUUUAUAUCAAUAAGGAAUUAAAUAUUGCCGAUUGAAAAAGUUGGAAUUAAUUUAUUCAUUACUGACUUUAAAGUUUGAUUCUAUGGAUUAAAUGGAAAAUUAAGGAUAAACUAAAUAGAUUGUUGAAUAAUUAGGAAAAGUUUUUAAUGAAAUUAUCAAAGAAUCAAAUGAUUGGGAAAUAUGGUUUGCAUGGAUAUAACUCUUAUAAUAAUUAUAUUGUUUCAAACCUACAUUAGAUAAAUUAUAAAUUGAUUAAAAUUUGUAUGAAUAAAUUAUUUUAAAAGAAUACUCUAUUCCUAUAAUAAACAAUAGACAUGUAAUUGCAUUAAAAUAUCAACAUAUACAAACUGAUUAAAUUUCAAAAUAACUAUUUGAUAAUUCUUAAAUUUUACAGGACCAAGCUCUAUUAUAAAAUAUGAUAUUGUAAGGACAAGGUUUAUUAUCAAAUAUUGAAUAAUAAUACUUUGCUAGAUUAUAAAUUCAAAGAGAUUAGUAAAAGUAAUAAGAAAAUCUUAUGCCUAUCUCUUCAGCAAAAAUAUCAUCAAUCCUUAAUAUAGCUAGAUCAGCAUAGGAUGAACUAUUAGAGUUUUAUUAAUUAAUACAUUAAGAUGAAUUAACAGAUUAAUCAAAGUUAAAAUAAGCUGAAAAAAUCUUAAAAAAUUAAUAAAAAGCUAUAAUGUAUUUAUUAUCAGAAAUAGAAAAUAUUUAAAGUUUAUAGAAAAUAGUUUAAGUACUAAUUUAGAAUUCAGAAAGUGAUAAUGAAAUUAUAGAAGAAUAUUACUAAAUUUAGUAAUUAAACAUUUAAUAAUAUUUAACUGGCCUUAUUAAAUAUCAAAGCAAUAAAUAUUAGGAAACAUUUUAAAAAGAUCAGUAUGUAGUAGUUAUUGAUAAAUUAUUUUUAAAGUCUUCUAAUUCAAAAGAUUUUCAAAAAUAAUUAUAAGGAUUUAAAUAAAAUUAAAAUGAUUAAAGUAUUAUCAAAAAUCUUAUAGAUGCUAUAAAAAAAUUACAAUAUGAUUCAAGUAAAUCUAGAAUUUUGAGUAUGGACUCUUUAUUAAGAUUGAAUAGUGCAAUAUAAUUAAUAUUAUAAGAAAAAGUAUCAUUAAAUUGGAAUCUUGAAUUAUCAUUAAUUUUAUAAGUGAGAAUAAAAAUAGCAUGUAUGGAAAAAUAAUUAGAAAAAAAUUCAUAAACAUAUUAAUAAAUAGUAUAGAGUGGUAAUUUAAUGAUUCCAUAUGAAACUCUACAUUAAUCAAUUAAAUUCUUAUAUACAUAAUAUUCUUAAUGUGAAAGCAAUCAAAAAUUUAAAAAAACAGAAAUUUAAGUCAUUAAUAAUCUUGAAAAACUUUUAAAAAUAAUAUUGAUUGAAAACUUUGAUUCUAUAAAUCAUAUUAGUUAGAUAUUGAUAUAGAAUUUAUUUUUAGAAAUCAAUACGCCAGAAAAUAGUAAUUUUGAUUUAGAAAUUCUUAAAAUGAUAGAAAUUAGAGCAUAAGAUUCUAUAACAUAUAUCAAUUAAAUUUAAAGUUCAAUUAAAAUGAUUUCUGAUUUUUUAAUAUAUGAAAAAGAAUCUAAUGCUGAUAAUAGAAUUGAUGUUUAAUUAUUAAUAGAUUAAAAAACUUUAACAGAAAUAUAAUAAAUAUUUUAACAAACUCAACUAAAUAGUUACUAAUUGUAAAUGUGUGUUUAAAAAUUGAAUUCCUAUUAUGAUUCAUUUUGUAUAGUGUUCCUUAAUUUUUAAAAUACUUUGAAAGAGAAAGAUCAAAAUUUUUAUGAAUAAAUAUGUGAAAAGAAACGAGACUUAGAAUAAUUUAUAUUCUUUUUUGAGGCUUUAGUAUCAUUGAAUAUUCUCAAUAAAAAUGAUUAAGAGGUAGUAAAAAAAUUAAAGGGAGAUGUUGAUAAAAAAUUAUAAUUCAUACUUGAUAGGGAAAUAACCAAACCUACCACAUUCAAUAUUGAAACAAAUAAUAAAUUUACAGAUGAAAUUUAAUUUUAUUUGGAUAUUUUUAAUUAAUUAGAUGAGAUUAGAUAAAAUCAAGAAGUUUAAUUAAAUAAAAUUAAAUAAUUUUAAAAUAUUUGCAAUGAAAUUUUAUUAUAAGCUGAAAAUUUAAAGACUUUGGAGAAACUAAGUUAAUAAUUACCAGAAUAUGAUACAUUAUUGAUGGAGACAUAAAACCAUAUAAAAUAAUUAUUGGCAUAGUUGGAUAAUAAAUCUUUAAACAUAAAAGUUGAUUAUAUUACAAUUCAAAAUCUAAUAUAAAAAAGAUAGAAUUAUCCAUAUUAAAAAGAUUUAUAAUCAUAAAUUAUUUUUAUAUUAAGUUAAAUUGAUACUAAAGAAGCUGAGACUAAUUUUAUAGAGGAUAAAAUAGAUGAUAUAAAAGAAUAACUUAUGGAUUUAUUAACAUAAAAUAAAUGGAGGAUCAGAUAAGUCAUAAUAUAUGAAUUAUAAUAAAUGAGAUCUUUCAGUUUAUCAUAAUAAUCAAUGAAUUUUAGUGCAGGAUUAUUAGUAAAAUUUUAGGUAUUUGAGACAGAUAAAAGAAUAAGAGUUUUAUUUGAGAGUUAAAAGGGAGAUGUUAGUAUAUUGAUUAGUAAAUUUUGGCCAAGUUAAGAAUAAUAGAUUUAGAAUAAAAUAAAAGAGAAAUUAAAAGAAUUAAAUAAUAUAGCUUAAUAACUAACUAUUGAAAAUGAUCCUAUAAAAAAGAACUUAAUAAAGAAAGAGUAUGCAAAAUUAGAAAAAGAAAUUUAAGGUAUUUUGGAGAAUGUUUAGAAUAUUGGAAAUUAAUUAGGAAUAACUGUAUUGUUUAUGUAAGAUCUUAAAUAAGAUUUAUUGAGGAUAGAGAAUUAAAUACAAUAACUUUAAGAAAUGAUGGAGAAUAUAAAUAAAGAUAUUAAAUAUUUAAAGGGAAGAUCAGUAAAAGAACUGCUUGAAAUAAGAAUGUAGAGAGUUUUGUAAUAAAGAUUGAUUCAUAAUUCUGAUAAUGUUUAUAUUUAAAUCUAAACAAAGGAAAAAAAUUUAGAAGAAGGUAUUGAAGAUUCAGAAUCAGUUUUAUUUACAGAAGAUCUUUUUGGUAAUGGUGAAAUAAAUGAAUUUAUUUGGAAAUAAUAAAAGGAUUCCUUAUUAAUUCAUGGAUAAGCAGGAUCAGGUAAAAGCACAGCUGCCAGAAAAAUUGAGGAAUAUCUUUGGAUAAUUUAUUAGAAAAAUAAAAAUUAAUAAGAUUAUAUUCCUCUUAUACCUAUAUUUGUUUCAUUACCAUAAUUGAAAGAUCCAAUUUAUUGUGCAAUUGAAGAAACAUUAAGAUCAGAUAAUUAUCGAUUUAGUGAGAGAUAGGUUGAAGAAUUAAAGGAAGCUGUAGAAUUAAAAUAAUAUAGAUUGAUUAUAAUUUUGGAUAGUUAUGAUGAAUUAAAAUAAUAAUAUAUUGGAUUAAAUUUAAAUGCUUCCAAUCGAUUAAGUAAAUGGAGAUGUAUUUCAGAUAAAAAUAAAUAUCCUAAAUUGAUAACAACAUCAAGAUCUGAAUUAUUCACAAUAAAUGGAUAUUGUUCUUGGUUUUUUUCUGAAUCAAAUUAGAUUAAAUUUUAUAAGGAAGUUAGAUUGUUAAAAUUCACUGAAAGUUAAAUUCAAUAAUAUAUAGAUGAGUAUACAUAAUUAUGUGUUAAAAGAGUAAUUAAAGACUUCUAUUUUGCUGCAUAUCAAGAUUAGAAUUAUUAAGAAUUUGAAAAUUUUUACAAUGAAUUAGUAAAAUAAGUUGGAAUAUUUAAUUUUAAAUAAAAUAAACCUUAAAUGUUGAGUAAUGAAAUGAUUAAUACUUUAUUAUAAAGAUGCAAGUAAUUUGUUCCAAAUGAACAUUUAAAAACAAUUUAAUAAAUGUUAAAUGAUAUAUGGUCGGGUUGGCAUUAUUAAAAUUUUAUUAAAUUGAUGAAAUUAGAAUCUCUUAUGGAAACUCCAUUUAUGGUGGAGAUAGUGAUGGCAGUAUUACCUUAUAUUGUAAAAUAGAGAUAAGAAAUAAAUAAUAUAAAAGAGAAUUUUAUUAAAAAGUAUAUAUAUUUGAGCAAGAAAGGGGAUUCAAUUUAGAAAUAGGCAUUAGAUGAAUGGUAAAGAAUAGUAGGCAAUCAAUAAUUCAUUACUGAAUUUGUUUAAGAAUUUUAGAUCAGUGAAUAGGAAAAGAAAAUUCAAUAAUAUUUUGAACAUCAUUCAAAAUUAUAAAUUAUUAAAUAGGCUUUAUUAUAGGAACCCUUAUCUACUUAUGAUUUUUAUGGUGAAUUUUUUGAACAUUAUUUUAGAAGAUAAAUUUAUAAAUUGAGAGAAAGUGGAGAAUAAAUUGAGUAUGAUUCUAUGGGAAAUGAAUUAUGGGAAUUUGCUCAUAAAUUAGCUAAUGAAAUGACAUUUAGAAAUUUAAGUUAAGUUUAAUUUUAACCAAGUGGAUUGAUAUUUAAAAAAAAUUAUACUGAUUGGAAAGAUAAGUUUUUUAAUGAUGAUGAUAAAGAAGGUGUUUAUAAAAGAUUAUUUAGAAAAUGUAUUCCUAUUAAAUCAAAAAGUGGAAUCUAUUCAUUUAAUCAUAAAUCACUAUAAGAAUUCUUAGUAGCCAAAUGGUUUAUUGAUUAAAUUUCUAAAAUGACUCUUAUAGUAUAAGAUAAGUAUGUUAAUGUUAAAUUAGAAGAACAAGAUGAAUUAUUAUAAUAUAAUUUCUUUGAAAAAUCAUGGGAUUUAGAUUAUAUGCAAGGGCCAAUUAAAUUUAUAAUUGAUAAAAUAAAAUUUAAUGAAGAAAUCAAAUAAAAAUUGAUGAAUUUAAUUUAUUGCUCUAAAAUUAAUAUGAAAUUUUUAACAGGAAGUUCAAAUAGUUUUUAUAUUCUUAAUUAAAUGGGACAAUCAUUUAUUGGAUAAGAUUUUUCUGAAAUAAAAAUAGGGGGAAUUAGUUUAAAUAAUGCUAAUUUUUUUAAUUGUAAUUUCAAUAAUUCAGCAUUUUAAAAUGUUAAACUAUCAAGAGUUAAUUUAAAUUAAUCAAAAAUAAUUAAUGUUAAUUGGUAAGAGAUUUAAGUAGAUGAAUUACCAACAAUAGAUUCAAAGAUGAAUUCAAUAGAUUAAAUUACUUAUAUAUAGAGUAAAGAACUUUUCAUUGUAAGUGAUGACUUUUAAAUUAAGCAAUACAAUAUAUUUAAAUUAUAAGAGGAAAAUCAAUUAAAAUUUUAAUUCAAACCAAAAUAAAUAGUCCUAUCAAAUAAUGAAUAAUAUUUAGCAUUAAUGAAUAACAAUGAAAUAUUAUUAUUUGAUAUCUAUAGAAAUAAUCCAAUAUAAAAAUUAAUAUAUGGAGAAUGCUUUUCAAGUUAUAAAUAAUGUAUAACAUUUAGUCCAGAUGAUUAAUAUAUAAUUUUGGGAGGACCAGAUGGAGCUGAUCAAUUUUAAAUAUAAAUAAUAUAUGAAAAUGUAGAUGAGUAAUAAAUAUCAGAAAUUAAUAAUAAUUCUAAUAUUAAUUCUAAUAUUAGUAAUUCAAAAGUAGAUACUAUACUAUAUAAUUCAAAUGAAAAAGAUGUUCAAUUAAAUUAAUAAAGUUCUAUAAUAAAUAGAGGAGAGUCUAGAAAAUUUAAUAUAAAAUAAUUACAAGAUGAUAUUAUUUCUCCAGAAAAGUUUACAUCCUUAACUGAUGAACAUGUGGUUUCUGUAAAAUGUGCUAAAAUUAUUGUCUUUUAACAUUAUUCUAAUACAUUCUCUAUUUACAAUCAUGUUGACAAAAAAAUUGAUACUCAUGAAUCAAGAUUUUAAAGAAUGACUUGUUUAGAUAUUAAUAAAGAUAGUACAUUAAUUGCAACAGGAGGUUAUUUAGGAGAGAUUCAUGUUUUUUAGGUAAAUCAAAUAGAUUAAUUUUUUGGUUUAGAUGGUCAUAAAGAUUAUAUAUCACAAUUAUAGUUUUCAAGAGAUGGAAAAUAAUUGGUUUCUUGUUCUUGGGAUAAAACAAUAAGAUUAUGGAAUACAUAAUAGUAAUCAUAAAUAAGUUAAAUAUCAUUUUAUUUAAAACCAAAAGUACUAUCUUUAAGUUUAAUUAAUGAUACAUCAUUAGCUAUGACAGGAUUUUCAGAUGGUUUAAUUUAAAUGUGGGAUUUAGAAAGUUCUGAUUCUAAAUAAGAUCCAUAAAAGGGACAUAGUUAGAAAAUAACAUGUGCCAUUUUUUCAAUUGAUGGAAAAUAUAUUAUAUCUGGAUCAUUUGAUAAAACAAUUAAAAUUUGGAAUUCUGAGACUGGAUAAUAAAAAGGUCAUAAUUUAAUUAAACAUACUUAAGCCAUAUCUGCUUUAUCUAUAUCUGAGGAUUAAACAUUAUUAUGUUCUGGUAGUAUAGAUGGUUUCAUAUACAUUUGGGAUUUCGAAACUUAAAAGUUCUAAAAAGAAAUUAAACAUUAUGGAUCAGAAAUUUUAGAUAUUAGAAUUAUAUUUUAUAAUAAUGAAUAUAGAAUAUUAAGUCAAACUAGUGAAGAAACAGCUUAAUUAUGGAUUAAUAAUAAUUUUUCAGAGUAUUAUUUACUUUUUGACUAUAAUGAAUCAAAUAAAGAGAAAAGAAAGAUUCUAGGAUAUGAAUCAAAGGAAAUAAUAAAUUAGUCUAAAGAUUUAUAAGUGGAUGUUGGAAGGAGUUACAAUAUUUUAUAUUAUUUUUUGAGAGAUUAAAAAAUAACCGCAAUAGAAUCUAGUUUUGAUAAUUAGACAAAAUUGAUUGGGACUGAUAAAGGAAUUCUAUUGAUUAUUUAAUGGAAUGGAUAAUCUUAGUAGAGAACUGUUUCAUCAAAUAAACCAUUAGAAAUAAUCAAAACUAUCAAUCAUAAGUAUUUUCUUACUAUUAAUGAAUAAAAAAUUGAGAUAUGGAAAUUUUCAGAUUAUGUAGUAAAAGAUACAGUUGUAAGUGGAGAUUAAAAAAUUAUUGAUGUUUUCGUUUGCAAUGAUAAUAUUUAUUGUGGAGGUAAUUAUAUUGAGAUUUGGAAUGUCCAUCAAAAGACAAAAUUAUAGAAGAAAUUUUGUCUAACUGAUUCUUUGUCAUCUAUUGGAUAUAAUCAAAAUAAAAAUUUGAUAUAUGCUGGUCUAAGGAAUGGAUCAAUAAUAAUUUAUGAUGCUACAUUUAGUCAUUAAUAGAUAUUUAAUGCUCAUGGAGGACAAAUAAAAAAAAUAUUAUGGUUGAAUUCUAAGAAUAUAUUGUUGACUGCUGGAGAUGAUUGGAAACUUAAAUUAUGGGAUCAAUAAAAUAAUCUAUUGAAAGAAGUAACUGUUGUAAAUCCUAUCUAAUCUUUUUUUGUCUCUUUAGAUGAAACAUAUUUUAUAUUAUAGGAUGUUAAUAAUUUAUCAUUAUGGGACUUAGAUAAUCUAGAAUUGAUGGAAAACAUGGUUAAAAUCUAAAAAAAUACUAAAGUAUUAGCUGUAUUUCCAAAUUAAUAAGUGUUUUGGGCAAAUGAUGCUCAAAUGUAAGUAUUACCAAUCAUGAAUAAAAAGAUUAAGUUUUCAUUAUUAUAAAGUAAUAAAUCUCAUUUUUCUAAAACUAUUGCAACAACUGAUAAAAUGAUAUUGACAGCUGAUUAUUAAGGAAAUAUAUUCUUUUGGAAUUUUGAUGGAGAAAAGAUUAAAUAACCAAUCAUUACAUCUAAAAAUGAAUUAAGGUCAAUGAAUUUGUCUAAUGAUAAUACUAAAAUCAUUCUAGGAUUUAAGAAUUUACUAAAUAUCAUAGAUUUAACUAAUAAUGAAAUCAUCUACACUAAAGAAAUCCAUGAAACUUCUUUAUUAAAUGCAUGUUUUUUGAGCCUUACAGAAAUUAUAGCAGUAUCUGAAUCAGAGAACUUUUAAACUCUAAUAUUUAAUAUUGAAAAUGUAAAUUAAUAGCCUAUUAUUAUAAAUGAACAUGUAGGAUCUACAUAAGGAAUUUAGGUCCAUUUCUUAACAAAGACUUAUUUAACAUUUGGGAAUGAUAAAGCAAUUAGAUAUUAUGUUAAGUGUGAUAAGGAAUAUUCCUGCAAAUAUGCAUGUUCUUCUAUUUAAAAGUUUGAGUGUUAAGGGGCAAUUAUUUAGAAUAGUGAAAUUUCUUCUAAGUCUAAGAUUGAUUUGAAGGAACUAUUUAAAUAAAAAAAGGCAAUCCUUAUGGAUUAGAAAUGA